AUGUUGUUCAAUAGUAUCUAUGUUUCUAAGCUUGGUUUUAAUGAUUCUCUCGGUUAUGGUUCUUCAUUAAUACCUUCAAUCUCCGAUAUUAGAUAUUUCUUUAUACAUGUGCUUAUCUGGAUUAAUGGAGGACCUGGAUGUUCUUCUUAUGGACGGGGAACUAUCUUUGAGAACAGAGGUCUCGUCAAAAAUCCUGAUAGUUGGAACAAAAUAGCCAAUAUGUUGUAUUUGGAUGCUCCCGCUGGUUUCGGUUUAUCUUACUCCAACAACACUGCUGAUUAUUCAUUAGUACUUAAUGAUGAAUUUGCUGCAAGGGAUAACCUUGUAUUUCUUCAACAUUGGUUUAAUAAAUUCUCUCACAACAAAAUCAAUGAUUUCUAUAUUAGUGGGGAGAAGUAUGCAGGUGUUGCAUUGGAAGUGGAUAUAUUGGGUUAUGUAAACUUGCCAUGUUACUAUGUUAUUGGUCUUAAUGUUGGACGUGUUCUGGGCAAGCUAUUGGUCUUACUGUUAGAGAAUCCUUACACCCUUGGAUUUGCUAACUAA